AUGAGGUUGAGAUUGAUGUCAGCAUUCCAUGCUCGAUCAUUCACCGAAGCAGACAAGGUCGCACUUCAAUCCUACUACAGUACACCAAUGAUCUAUAAGGAUCAACCAUUCUGUAAUACCGGUCUAUUAUCAACUGCUGAACAAUUCAAUGGUCUGUUCGAGAAGACUGCAACCAACAGUAACCAGGAGAAUAAGAAGAAAAAGAGCAAGAAGAGCAAGAAGAGCAGCAACAACAAGAACAAGGUCAAUGACAACAACAAUAACAACAACGAUACCAUCAACAACAAUGACGCCACCAUCAAAGAGAAUGAGAAGGCAAAUACCAACUCAAACAUCGAGGAUCAUGUCAGCGACCAAGUCAAUGACAAAGUCGACAAAGUCAACAAAGGCAACGACAAUGCCCCCAUCAAUAAGGACACCAACUACAAGGAAAAUGUCACUGUCAACUCAAACAUCGGCGAUCAUGUCAGAGGCCAAGUCAAAGACAAAGUCGACAAAGUCAACAAAGUCAACAACAGAGUCAAUGACCAAGACAAUGACGAAUGUUCCAAGAAGGAUUCGGUCAACCCAAACACCAACUCCAACUCUGGCCUCAACGAUCCAGACAAAACCGUGGCCAAUGUACAAUAG